UGGAUCGUCUGGCUCGACAGCGGGCAUCGGGUCACCAGGUAUGACAGCGGGCACUGGGUCACCAGGCAUCAGGUCAUUUGGCUCGCCAGCGGGCACCGCGUCAUCUGGCAAGGCAGUGGGCACCGAGUCACCAGGUACGACAGCGGGCUCUGAGUCAAUUGGCACGACAGCGGGCACCGGAUCAGGUACCGGAUCAUCUGGAUCAACAGGGCAUCGAGUCAACUGGCCUAAUAGGAUCAUCAGGCUGGAUCAGCUGGGUACAGGCAUCAGGCUGAAGUGCGGGUGCCGAGGCAUCAGGCUGAACCACGGAAGGCAGGUUCUCAGACGGGAUGGUAUUGGUUGGAAA